GGCUCAUCAUCUUCAGCGUCCGAACAUCACACGGCUCACUCUUUUCCUUCUCCUUCGCUCGAUCUCUGCUAUUUUGCACUUCCAUUUCUCGGAUUCCUUUCUGGGUUUUUGUUGUUUUUGUUCUUCCUGGGAAUCCGAGGAUGCAUGCGAAGACAGAUUCGGAGGUGACGAGCCUCGCGGCGUCGUCGCCGACGAGAUCUCCCGGCCGGAGACCAGUGUACUACGUUCAAUCGCCAUCGCGUGACUCUCACGAUGGAGAGAAGACGGCGACGUCGUUUCACUCGACGCCGGUGCUGAGUCCGAUGGGAUCUCCGCCGCAUUCUCAGUCCUCCAUGGGCCGACACUCUCGAGAAUCUUCCUCGAGCAGAUUCUCUGGAUCUCUGAAGCCUGGGUCGAGGAAGAUCUCUCCUAACGACGGCGGGAAACGGAAGGGACAUGGCGGCGGCGGUGAUAAGCAGUGGAGGGAUUGUGAGGUGAUCGAGGAAGAAUGUUUGCUUGACAAUGAAGAACAAGAGAAGGGUUUGCCUCGUCGAUGCUAUGUCUUGGCCUUCCUUGUCGGAUUCUUCGUUCUGUUUACGUUCUUCUCUCUCAUUCUCUAUGGAGCUGCAAAACCUCAGAAACCCAAGAUCUCUGUGAAGAGCAUAAGGUUCGAGCAACUCAAGGUCCAAGCAGGGUCAGAUUCAUCGGGAGUAGGGACGGACAUGAUCACCAUGAACGCAACUCUGAGAAUGAUGUAUCGGAACACAGGCACUUUCUUCGGCGUCCACGUCACAUCCUCUCCCAUUGACAUCGCCUUCUCUCAGAUCACCAUUGGCUCCGGAGCUAUCAAGAAAUUUUAUCAGUCGAGGAAAAGCGAGAGAAUGGUGGUGGUGAAUGUAAUCGGAGACAAGAUCCCACUAUACGGGAGCGGUUCGAGUUUCAUCCCCCCGCCGCCACCGGCUCCCCUCCCGAAAAAGAAGAAGGGAGCUCCUCCGGCCGUUGUCAUCCCGGUCGUGCCGCCUCCGGUCCCAAUGAAGCUAACCUUCACGGUCCGGUCGAGGGCUUACGUGCUCGGCAAGUUAGUUCAGCCUAAGUUCUACAAGAGAAUCGAAUGUGACAUCAACUAUGAACUCAAGAAACUCGAUGUCAAGUUGUCCCUCGUGAACAACUGUACCUACUCCUGAGAAAAACGGUGUCGUUUAGGGCUAUCGUGGGAUACAGCUCAACGGGCAGCUUUUUGGGCUGUUUGGGCAGGGGCAUCUGCCUGCCCGGCUUGCCCCCCCUUGUCGGUGGCUUUCGUGCUCGCAUGAGUGAUUACUGUCUAUAUUGGAAUUUGUUUUUUUUAAUAUAUAUGUAAUAAUAAUUUACUGUUGUAGAGAGAAACAUGUUGAACAAGUGGAAUUCUAUUUUAUUUGUGUUU